AUGGCUACGGAAAACAGAAUUCAGUUUUGGAGGAGAAAUACAAAGGUUCCGGGAAGUCUGCAGCCAGUGUACGGAGCGCAGCACCCCCCCUUAGACGCCCGGGUGCACUGCACGUUUCUCAAAGACAAUCCAAAGGCGAACAGCGUGAAUGUUAAGUCCAAAAAGGCCUCCAGUUUUCAUGAGUUCGCACGCAGCACUAAUGAUGCGUGGGACAUUGAUGAUGAAGAGGAUGUGGAAUUCUUAGGUGCUACGCGCCCAUCCCACACUCCCGCACAGACGCACACAACACCUCAGAAACCCAGGCUCCAUCUCUCCAACCCCUCCGGCGACACGGAGGCCCUCCCAGCUGACAGGCUGGCCCCACUCGGUGCAGAACCCUGCCAAGACCAGCUGAUGGCUGACAGUGAGCCAACCAACGGGAGGGUGGUGAAGUCUUGUAGCGAUGCCCAGAUCAGCACUAACUCUGCACGCUCCACUUUGCAGAAACAACAGUCCCUCCCAGUUCGCCCCAUCAUCCCACUGGUCGCACGCAUCUCGGACCAGAACGCCUCGGGGGCCCCGCCCAUGACGGUACGAGAGAAGAGCAGACUGGAGAAAUUCAGACAGCUCCUGGCCAGCCCCAACACAGACCUGGACGAGUUGCGGAAGCACAGUUGGUCAGGGAUCCCCCGGGAGGUUCGUCCGAUCACGUGGAGGCUCUUAUGUGGCUACCUUCCGGCUAAUAUGGAGCGAAGGGAACAGGUGUUGCAGAGGAAGAGAGAGGAAUAUUUUGGCUUCAUUGAGCAGUAUUACCACUCCAGAACAGACGAGAACCACAAAGAUACUUACAGACAGAUCCACAUUGACAUCCCGAGGACGAAUCCCUUGAUCCCUCUGUUCCAGCAGCCCUUGGUGCAGGAGGUGUUUGAGAGGAUCCUCUUCAUUUGGGCCAUUCGUCACCCUGCCAGCGGCUACGUCCAGGGUAUUAACGACCUCGUCACCCCUUUCUUCGUGGUCUUCCUCUCUGAGUUUGUGGAGGAGGAUGUGGAGAACUUUGAGAUGACUACUUUGCCUCUGGACACACAAAGGAACAUCGAAGCAGACAGUUUCUGGUGCAUGAGUAAACUCCUUGACGGAAUACAGGAUAACUAUACGUUUGCUCAGCCAGGCAUUCAGAUCAAAGUGAAGGCUCUGGAAGAGUUGGUCAGCAGGAUUGACGAGGAUGUCCACGCGCACUUUCAGAAGUAUGAGGUGGAAUAUUUACAGUUCGCCUUUCGCUGGAUGAAUAACCUGCUAAUGAGAGAACUGCCUUUGAGAUGUACCAUCCGACUGUGGGACACCUACCAGGCUGAAUCAGAAGGUUUCUCUCACUUCCACCUUUACGUCUGUGCAGCCUUUCUCAUCAAGUGGCGUAAAGAAAUCCUCUCCAUGAUGGACUUUCAGGGCCUGCUCAUGCUCCUUCAGAAUCUACCCACAAUACACUGGGGCAACGAGGAAGUGGGCUUACUCUUGGCCGAGGCCUACAGACUGAAAUACAUGUUUGCGGACGCUCCCAGUCACUAUCGAAGAUAA